UUUCUUUCCAUAGUAAAUAAUAUUAAUCAAACUGAAUCAAAUUCACAGUACUUGAAACAUUUAAAGUUAUAAAGUUAAAUUAUGCAUGGUAGUCGGUUUGAUUUGUGGUAUGUUUAUGUCAACAUGCAAUCACCAGUUGCAUAUUUGAUAGGCCUCCUGAGUGUAAUUCAUUUCACAGCUGCACUGAGCGACGACGCCCAUACUGAUUCAUGUGUUGCAAAGAUUCUUUCCUGCGACUGGUACCGGCAGCCCUUUUCCCUCCAAAAAGAAAAUGAGAUAAGAAUAUUUUCAAAAAUCGAGGAUCUUAAAAAAGCUUGCAAGUAAGUUCCAUUUGAAAGAAAAUCGACAUCUGUAGCCAUUUUUCCCUGCCUUAGACCAAGCUGCUUACAUAAAGUGCAUGGGACGGGCAGAGAAUUUCUGCGAGAAAACAAACCUCUUACCCUCGGCUGAGGAAAUGAUAAAAAACAGGCGUUUUUCAGCUGAUAUAUGCCGCACUGCCUCACCUUGGCAACAAUUGUACUUGAACGAGGCAAGUUGUCUGAAUACAUACACGAAUAGAGAUUAUCCAUACUGCACUAAUAAGAUAAUCGGGAUGGGCUACUUGAAUCCUGAAAAUAUUUUUGAACGAGGAUGUCGAUAUGGAAGGGCUAUAAUAGACUGUUCUGCUACAAGACUGCAAGAGAAAUGUGGAUAUUAUGCUGGAAUUAUACUGAAAAAGUUUUUAAAGUUCCAUAGUUUAUCUGAUUACAAAUGCAAAGAUUUCAAAGAUGUUGAAGAUUAUUCUUUUGCUUCUACACCAACGGAAGUGAUUUCCAACACUUUAGAAAGUUCAGAUUUUGACGAUAAAGCUAUAUUUGAAAAAGAAAGCAGGGAAAACUUAAAUUUUGGAGAAACAAAGCUCGAUAAUCUUGAUAAUAAAUCGUUUACCAGGGUCGCAGUUACUAAAGUUAAUUUCGAUGAAUUCUUGACAAAAGUGAAAGAUUCUUUUUCUGGUUCAUUAGACUUUGAUGCGAACACAACCACAGAAUCGAAUAUGCCUGAAUUUCCGGCAGUGCCUAAAUACCAUUAUAUACACAAAAAUCGAACAACGUUUGUUUUAUAUGAAGAUUUAGAGAUGGGAUAUGCCAAGUACAUAGGAUGUGGUGAAGCCGAUUUCUUCUGGAUUAUACUGUCACCUUUGAAAAAUAAAUACUGUACUUUAAUGGAUUUAAAAUCGGAAUAUUCAGAAGGUCUCUUUAAAUGCACAAUUCACAUAGAUGCUGCAUGCUCUCCAGAAUUAGACGAUGAAGACAGAAACAAAAAUGCUGAAGUAUUUCAUCGCAGGUAUGUGGCAACAGUCUUAACUCCACCAAAUAACCAACUAUCGGAGGACAUGGCAGUAAUGAAUAUACACUACUUGAAAAUUUUUCCGUCUCAUUCAAUGUAUGCUCCAGAAAAAAAAGUUAAUUUAUGGACAACUGAAACGAACAUGGGUGCUAUUGAGCAAGCUGAACCUGUCAGAAGAAAAGGGUCUUUGGAAUCAGAAGACGAUCAUAGUAUUCUCUAUCAACAUAGUAAUGGCUCUGGUCAGAAGAGGGAUGCGAUUACAAGUAAGCACUCGCAUUAUUCAGAUGAAUAUGAAUAUUAUGAAGAAUAUAAAAACCGGGACUAUCAGCCUGUAGAGGAAGAAGACAAAAUUUAUUCCCCUGCAUUAUUCCAGAAUGAUAUGAUAUACAUAGAAGAUAAUGAAGGUGACCUUAUGUCCUUGCAUGAUCCCCGGUCACCAAUCUAUUCAAACUCUUUGUAUCAACCUAAUUCUCUGUUUCGUCCCCGUGUGGGCGAGAUGCCUGAAUCAACUGAUUUACGAGAGUUUGAAGAAACUGAAUCAACUGAACAGAAAAAGAAACUUAUCCUAACCUCUCUAUUUAAAGAAAGAGUAUUGAAAUUGAAAGAUGAAGAAUCAUUUUCUAAACUUAAAGAGGAUCAACAGGAAUAUUGCUCUGCAGAAGAACCUUGUCCUCCAAAUUCUGAAAAACUAAAAUUCGGAAUAAAACCCGGCAUGUACUUACUAGCAAAAAAUAUUAAAAUUUUCGAUCCAUUAAAAGGAAUGGAAGUAAAAGCACCGCCAAAAUCUCUGUCUUCUAUAAAAUUAAAUGAGGGCACUGCUGUAAAAUCGCAUUUAGAUUCUAGAGAGAUGUACAACGUUAGGCUAAGUACCAAAAUACAGGUACCAAAGUAUACAGAAUUGAGCCAUUCAAAAGAAAUCUAUAAAGAUUACUUUACUACAUACAGUCCUAAUCUGCCUGAAGAGGAAAUCUACGAUAAUAUCGACAUCACUGAUGUUCCUAGCUAUUUGGAUUCAUCUUGUGGUUCUACCUUAACGAGUGAGCCAAAUUUUGAUUUCGAAACUUAUCGCAUGGAAUCAUUUGAUGAACGCAGUUAUGAAUUUACUCAGUCUCCGUACAAAUAUUUCCGUAAGUCCGAUACAGAAGUACGUUCUAAACCUACUAUUGUCACAGAAAACUUAAGAGCACGGCCGUCUUGGGAAAGAUGCUUAGAGAAGAUUCUCGGAAGAGUCGAGAAGAUUCUCAGAAGAGUCUGGAAGACUUUAUUGAAAACGGUUGACACGCCUUUCAAGCGGAAAUUUUUAGUUGGAAUCUUGAUUAAGCUUUUUGAAAGAAAUGCACGUGGUUUUUGACUAGGCCACAUCGAUAAUCGAAUGAUCCAAGAUAAAGAAAUCGUGCAACUUGGUUUCAAACUACUUGGUUAUUUAAAUUGGGCAUUUUAACAUGCUGUGCAAUAAAUGUCUUUCCUUUAUUUUUGUGGUGCUUGAGCGUCGUAAUGAUCUGUAACACCAUUAUAAACACAAUGUCUGCUUGGCAUACACUCUUUAAAUUAUAUUGUAUAAGAAUUUGAACUGAAAUCAUGCCUUCGGACUUGGUUUCGCCGGAUGAAAUAUUAAAUUUAUUUGUACCGUUUGGACAGUUGAAAGCUUUCCUUAUAACUGUAUUUAAAUUUCCCAUUUGACCGAGAUAUUCAUUAGUGGAUAAGAGAGGGGAUUAGUUUUGAUUUCACUUUUUAAAAAAAAUCGAUGGUUAAAAUAUUUUUAGUGCACACCAAAAAAAGUAAUGUAAAAUAUAAUCGAAAUAACUCUCAAUAAAAUGUCACCAAUCCAAAAAACGUUAAAUUUAGUCCACAUUUCUGAAUAAUUGAAGGAAACGGGAUUUCUUGCAUUUCAUAUUCCAUUAAAAUAAACAGUUCAUAUCAGUAAAAUCGGUUUUAUAUUGAAAUCGCUUUAACUAUCGUGGUUUUCUUAAUUUUCAAAAUUUUUCUUUAGAGUUUCAAAAUAAUUUAUAGACGAUAUUAAAACUUAAUGUACUCGCUGAAUUUGGAGUUCAUAUUUCGUUCAAUACUUAACUUCAAAUUGACUUUCUGAUUCUUGCAUCGAUUUAUUGAAUUUCUGCAACUAGAAGUCUUAU